GUCCUGAAAGAAGCACAGUAAAAACUAGUGUCAUAAGUAGUUGCUAGUUGUUCUAGGCAUAGACAUGUAUACUAUGUCUAUGGUUCUAGGUGGUGAUGUUGAGAUAGAGCUUUCCAUCAAAGCCUGACGUCAGCGACGGGAGUGUGGCAUAUAGUUGGCUACUUCCAUAAAGGACGUCAACCAGGGAUCCACGUUGGCCAUGUUUGUAAGACCUAUAUCCAAAGUAAAGAGGACAAUGCAGCGUUCACACUUAAUUUGUAUCGUCUUCAAAAAUAAUCCCAGUAGCCUAUUUAUUACUACUUAGUGUUUGUUUGUUCUGCUCUGGAAUACGUACAUAUUGCUGCAAAAAUGCCGGCAAGCAGUAACCUAAUAACUCCUACUAGGAAUUUUACGACAGCUCAGGCUCAUCAACCUAUGCGGGAAUGAUGUAUGCGUUCUGGAAACCUCUUGCCACCAAAGAUGAUCGUUUCAUAACAUCCCAUUUGACCAAAGUUACUCUUUAGCCAACGUUCAAUAAAUCCAUGGCUUCAACAAAUGAGAUGCUGUCUUGUCCAAAGGUUGCUCUCUCCAAUGGAUUGAAAAUACCCAUUUUUGGACUGGGGACUUCACAUGAUGGUGGUUACUCACACGAAGCUGUUGUAUACGCACUUCGGGAGUGUGGUGUGAGGCACAUUGAUACAGCUAAACGCUAUGAUUGUGAGGAACACCUGGCUAAAGCUGUUCAGGAGAGCGGCGUCCCACGGAGGGAUGUAUGGCUGACAACCAAAUUAUGGCCUGGAGACUAUGGCUAUAGAACCACCAAGCAGGCUUGCAAGGCUUCAUGUGCCAGAUUGGGAGUGGAGUACCUAGACCUGUACCUGAUGCACUGGCCCGACUGCAUGGUUCCUGGUCGCUCCAAUCGGGAGAUGCGAGCAGAAACGUGGCGGGCUCUGGAGGAGCUUUAUGAUGAAGGGAUGUGCCGGGCAAUCGGAGUGAGCAACUUCCUCAUUCCCCAUUUGGAGGAGUUAAAGGAGGACUGCAGCAUAGUGCCCCACGUCAACCAGGUUGAGUACCACCCCUUCCAGCAGCCUGAGGAGAUGUUGCAGUACUGUCACCAGCAGGGGAUUGUGUUUGAGGGUUACUGCCCCCUGGCCAAGGGCCAGGCUCUUAGUCAUCCUACUAUUCUCAAGAUAGCUGAGAAAUAUGAGCGCACCCCUUCCCAGAUCUGUAUACGCUGGAGCAUACAGAAUGGAGCUGUCACAAUCCCUAAGUCCACCAAGAAGGAGAGAAUUCUGGAAAACUGUAAAGUCUUUGAAUUUUCCCUGGGGGAAGAGGACAUGGCGUGUAUUCGAAGACUAAACAGUGACACAAAACUAAUCCACUUGAGCUCCCCUCUCUGGAAAGGAUAACCAUAUUCUUCUACUACUGAGAUUUCUCCUUCAGGCCAUUUGACUGGAAAUUACACAGGUUCAUCACAGCAUAAUCAGACUCUGAUAUUCAGGGACACGUUGCAUUUUAUAGUAGUAGAAACAGAAGUAUUUAAAAAAAAGUGUUUUAAGUAUAUGAUGCUAUUGAAGCAAAUGGGUGAGAGUCCUAUUAAGAGACCAUCAGAACUACCUGUGGCAACCUCCAAAUGGUGUUUGCAGCACAUAUCUGUGCCUUAUGUAGUUUGUUUAUCUGUAUGCCAACUGUGUUCUUCAUACUUUUACUGUGUCUGUGCAUUGUUUUAACAUGAAUCCCUGUUUUGACCAUGUUGACAUGCUUCGAAUAAACUUUAAAUGAGGAUGAAGGUUA